CUGAAAUCUGGUUCAGCCUUCGACAAGGUCCCCGAACGGUAGAUGCCUUUCAGAACCAUUCUUUCUCAAGUCCUCCAGUUUACCGCAUCCUUCGGUAGCCACUAUUCGCGUUGUCCGAGUGAGGCAGGGCCUGCGAAAGCGUUGAUUCUUCCCGUUACGUCGCAGGCAGUGGUGCGAGCCAUGAGAGGCGCCUCGCAGAUGUGCGUUCUGUGCCUCGCGCUGGCCCUUACGCACGUCGCAGCAGUGGACGGCAGCACCAUCGCCCGUUUCCCCACUAAGGACAUGCCCGCGUGCUCGGCGUGCGACAACGGCACUCUGUGCGUGCCGCUCUUCGCCUUCUGCUUCUCCUCCUCCGGCCCCUCCUGCAAAGACGCCUCCGAUUUCGGCGCGCCGUGCGCCGACUACCAGUGCCCCGCGGGGUCGUCCAAGUGCUUGGACGGGCAGCAGUGCGUGCUUGACUCUGCGCGCUGCGACGGCAGCAAGGACUGCCUGGACGGCUCGGACGAGGACCCCAAGGCGUGCGGCGCCUUCGACUGCUCCGCCAUCGGCAUGGAGCGCUGUCCGCUGGGCGCGCCGCAGUGCGUGCCGGGGUAUCUGCUGUGCGACGGCAAGCCCACGUGCCCCAACGCCACGGACGAGCACCCCGCCUUCUGCGCGCAGUACCAGUGCGCCAACGACGGCCGGCAGCAGUGCCCGUCCGGCUCGGGCUGCAUGUUCCUGUCGCAGGCGUGCGACGGGGUGAGCGACUGUAGCGAUGGCAGCGACGAGGACGCGGCGUUCUGCAAGGCGUUCAACUGCAGCGACGCCGGCAAGAGCACGUGUCCGAGCGGGGUGGGGUGUGUGUUUGCGGACGGGGUGUGCAACGGACGCGCUGACUGCAGCGACGGCAGCGACGAGGCAGCCGCCACCUGCAAUGACAAGUUCGACUGCACGGCUACGGGCAGGGUGGCGUGCCCCCUGAAGGGCGGGUGCGUGUGGGAGUACCAGCUGUGCGACGGGGCGCCCGACUGCCGCGACGGCAGCGACGAGCUGCCCCAGUUCUGCGCCUCCUUCAACUGCUCCACCUCCUUCCGGGCGUCAUGUCCCGGCGGGCAGCAGUGCACAUAUGAGGGGCUGCUGUGCGACGGCAGGAAGGACUGCACUGAUGGCAGCGACGAGGGUCAGCUCUUCUGCAGCACCUACAACUGCUCCGAUACUGGCAGGGUGCUGUGUCCAUCGGUGGAUGGGUCAGCCCCCGCCUGUGUGGACGCCUCUCUGCUGUGCGACGGUGCGCCGCACUGCCCAGGCGGCAGCGACGAGGACCGUGCCUUCUGUGCGGCGCACCAGUGCGCGCCCGGCCUCAUCAAGUGCCCCGGCUCCCUGCGCUGCGUGCCCGGCGCCCUCUGCAACGGCUUCCCCGACUGCCUCGCCCCCGCUGCUCCUGCUCCCAAGCCUGCUCCCAAUGUCGCUAUCGACCCUCAUCUUGACCCGCCUGCUGGCCCUGCUCCCGGCGUCCCCGAGCUGCUGCCAGCUGGCAUGGCUCGUACCGGUGGCACUGCUGCAACGAGCACCAAGGGGACGGCCAGUGGAGGCGCUGCUUCGGCUGACGUGGUCAUGAUGCUAGAGGGGGCGGCUGCUGACGAGGCAGGAGUCAGUGCUGACGAGGACCCGGCCAUGUGUGUGGCGUACGAGUGUCCCGAGGGGUGGCGGAAGUGUGCGGAUGGUCAGCAGUGCGUGGCGGAGGAGCAGUGGUGCAGCGGCGUGAAGGAGUGCCGUGACGGCAGCGAUGAGGACGAGGCCGCCUGCACGGGGUACGACUGCGGGGCGACGGGCCGCGUGGCGUGCCCCUCCGGCAAGUACUGCCUGUGGAACUACUGUGACGUCUGCAACGCCGACCGCCAACCGCUGUGCCCCGACGCGUCGGACCAGCUGCCCUCCGCGUGCCACCUGAAGCAGCAGUGCCCCGUGCGCUACUACAAGGACACCACGCUGCCGCGCCCCCUGCCCCUACCACAGCAGGAUGGGGCCGUGCAGGUGGACGGGGGCGCGGGGGGCCAGGGGGAUAGGGGGGGUGGCGCAGGGGAGAGCGAGGGCGAGGCCAGUGGGAGCAAGGAGUGGAAGGAUGCCAAGGUGAAGAAGGGGGCGGGGAAGGGGGCUGCUGAGGGGAAGGCUGCGGCCGGGAAGGGGGGAGGUGGUGGGAAGGAGGGGCACCACCCGCCAGGGGUGGGGCACCACAAUGGCAAAGGGAAGCACAAGAAGACAAACUCCAGUGUCGUGGCAGGCAGUGGUAGUGACGUGGCAAAGGCCGGUGGUGGCAAGAAGGGUGCGGGAGUAGAUAAAGGGGAUAAGAGCAGUGGCACGAAUGGCAAGGGAGGGGCUGCAGGGAAAGGAACGGUUGGGAGCAGCAGCAGUGGGAAGGAAAGGAAAGAUGAUGGUGGGAGCAGCAAGGGAGAGACAGGGAGCAGUGGGAAGAAGCCUGGCAAGGGCUUGUCCCCCACAUCAGAAGGGUCGGGGAAUGACACAACGAAGGGCAAAGGAAAGGCAGGUAGCAGCAAAAGCAGUGGCAAUGGCAGCAAGAGCAGUGACAAUGGCAGCAAGAGCAGUGGCAAUGGCAGCAUGAGCAGUGGCAAUGGCAGCAAGAGCAGUGGCAAUGGCAGCAAGAGCAGUGGCAAUGGCAGCAAGAGCAGAGGCAAUGGCAGCAAGAGCAGUGGGAAUAGCAUCAAGAGCAGUGACAAUAGCAUCAAGAGCAAUGCCGGUAGCACCAAGGGCAAUGCCAAUAGCACCAAGAGCAGUGACAAUAACACCAAGAGCAAUGCCAGUAGCAGCAAGGGCAGCAGCGGCAGCAGCAAGGGCAGCAGUGGUGACAGCAAGGAGGGCAAGCCAAGCAAGGGAGGAGAAGAGGGGGCCAACAAGAACGGCGGCAGCAAGGCAAAGGCAGGGGGCAAGGAUGGCAAGGCGAGUGGUGGUGGUGGAGCUAGCGGCGCGAGCAAAGGAGAGAAGGCAAACGGAAAGGCGGGUGGAAGACAAGGGGUCGGCAUCGUUGGAUGAGAAGACGGCAUCCAGUGCACGCUUGCCAACCGAGAGCACUGGGGGCAAGGGGAGCACAGGGGGGAGCACGGGGAGCAUGGGGAAGAAGGGGAGCACAGAGAAGGGCAAGGGCGAUAGGGGGAAGGGGAAUUGAAGGCAUAUGAUCUGAGCAAAGGGACGUGUGGGUGAAUGUGGGGCGACAAGAGGCCGAGGAGGGAACAUGCUUUCAUCCAAGGGCAGUUUCUUGCUGCUGCUUUCCCAUGCUAGGGCGUAUGGCAGAUCAGGUCUGCUGGCAACAGGGCUUGCUGCACGAACAGUAGAUGUGGCUCAGCGCAGCUCAAUUAGAAGUACCAAGUGAAUGUAGGCUGCAAGUCGGUGUCAACAAAUAUAUUUAUGUAGCUUAGCAAGGUCAUAUUUGUUUAUAGCCUAGCUUGUUUAGUUCUUAGUGAGUAGAGCCCUAGUUUUGUAUCCCUCGACAUUUUCCCUGAGUCACACUUUCCCGCUACUCUA